AUGUCUCAUUCGCUCGGCCAGAUUGCUAGACGAUAUCGGCGCUACCGUCUUCCCUACCGGCGAAGCUAUUCGGUGCGCAUCCCUGGCGACGACGGGCAGGGUCUUCGGGACGUCAAGACGGUGGCAGACCUGAAAGAAUGGCAGCCUGGACGCCUUGUCUCGGAUGUCCAGCUUUGCGGCUGGGUUAGAUCAGUUCGCAAAAGCUCUAGCGUGCGCUUCGUUGACAUCACAGACGGCUCGUCUAUGAGACCUGUCCAGGCCGUCGUGGACAAGAGCUUGGCCGCAGACAUUCGCCCGGGUGCAGCCGUCCGCCUAAAGGGCAUCUGGCAUAUUGCAGGCCAGCCAAGUUUAGGUCAUGGCCAAGAGCAAGAGGCUGCUCAUUCUGCGGGAGCUGACCAUGGCCAGGCGCCGACAACAGCUGAGCUACGGGUCAGCGAGGUGGAAAUUCUUGGCUCGUCCAACCCCCAAACAUAUCCCAUUCAGAACAAAUAUCAAACUCCAGAGAGCUUACGGGCAAUAUCACAUCUCCGUCCGCGAACUCCCAUCAACUCCACACUCCUUCGGCUAAGAUCAGACGCCAUGGCCCUCCUAAGCCAAUUUUUUUUCCAUGAAAAGUUUCAGCAAACCCACCCCCCAAUCAUCACUUCAUCAGACUGCGAGGGCGCUGGUGAAGCGUUUACCGUCAAGAGCGGCGGACCGUCCGAGUUCUUCAGAGAUCCCAAGUACCUCACUGUCUCAUCACAGCUCCAUUUAGAGGCUCUAGCUCAAGCACUGGGAAAUGUUUGGGCUCUCUCACCAACAUUCCGAGCCGAGCAAAGUGACACUUCUCGGCAUCUGAGCGAGUUUUACAUGCUUGAAGCUGAAAUGAGCUUCGUUCAAGACAUGGAUGAAGUCAUGGAUCUCGCCCAAAGAAUGCUAGGGUCGCUUGCCACAGGACUCAGGCAGCUCAGCGCCGCCCAGGAACUCGAAAAUCAUCGGCUUGACUCCAGAGACCCGGCAGAACGCUUGGCAUUUGAGGACCUUGUCGAUCCCAAAGAGCUACAACAACGAUGGAAGGGUCUGAUGGCGCCGACAAGAUGGCCACGAGUGACUUACACGGAGGCCAUCGAAAUCCUCCAGCCUGUAGCCCACAUGUUUGAACACCAGCCUGUCUGGGGCUCCGGCCUUCAGUCGGAACAUGAAAGGUACCUUGCUGAAAAAAUCGGAUAUGACGAAGCGAGUGACGCAUUUAUGCCCAUCUUUGUCACCCAAUACCCGCGGGAUAUCAAAGCUUUCUACAUGCUUCAGUCAGAAUCCCCGCCACCCCAGGGGCAGACUGUUGACUGCUUCGACCUCCUAGUCCCCAAUCUCGGAGAGCUUGCAGGAGGCUCCAUGAGGGAGCAUCGGCUUGCCCAACUCGAGGACAAUAUGCGCCUACAUGGCAUGGAGGUCCCAACACAACGGAAAGCCAGAUCCAAUGAUAUGGGGUGGUACCUAGAUCUGAGACGCUGGGGUUGUCCUCCCCAUGGAGGGUUCGGCCUUGGCUUUGAUCGUCUGCUGAGUUAUCUCACCGGUGUACCCAACGUCCGUGAUGUGGUGCCAUUUCCGCGCCAUUUCGAGCGCUGCGAUUGCUAA